GUCAGGAAUUGAUGGUGACUCCGUUCACGGUCACUUGUGGGCACACGUUUUGUUACGAGUGCCUGUCGGACUGGCUCAAGGUGAAGCACUCGUGUCCGUUGUGUCGCCAGCGUGUGAGGCGUGUUCCUGUGUUUAAUGUGCCGAUGAAACAGUUGCUGGAAAGUUAUCUGGAGGCGGUGGCGAAGGACCAUCCCGACCAAAAAGAGCCCAUAACCAAGAUGAUACGCGAGCGCAACAAGUUAUACGAGAAAGAUAACCACAACGAUACCUGUUUCAAAAAUCUGUUUGACAACUAUUCGGAGGCCGUUCUGGAUACCAGCGAUGGCAUUCCACGUUGCAGUGUCUGCCACUGGGAAGCUCACGGCUCUCGAUGUCUGAAUUGCGGGCGACGCCUUCUUGCAGCUACCAACGAGAGAUUUUCGUCCUCGGACAGUGAGGAUGAUCCGGAGUACCACGACGAGUCGGCCUCGUACGGCGAAGAGAGUUUUAUUUCUCUGCUCGAGCGCGAAAGCCCUGAGCUUGCGGACGCCUGGCGGCAACGGGAGGCUCUUCGACUAUUUAUUAAUGCUCCCUCUCCUGGAGAAGAGGAGGAGGACGAUUUCGACGACGAUUACGUUGACUACGACUUUGAACGCGACCUCAGGGACGCAGAUAGCGUGCCCAGCGACAUAGACGACGGUGAUGAGUACUAUCGACCUGCGAACACGCGGCAUCGGUCGAGGAUCCUGUCGAGCGACAGCGACGAGGAGUGGACGGAGUAAACCAGCGGCGAGUUUGGGUUAUAAGUUUUCGGUUAUAGGAGGAUAAAUGGAACUGUAUGAAUAGUGAGGAUCGUUAUCUGUAAUUAAAAAUGCAGAAUUAUUAGCUGGCCUCGGUGCAGUGCAGUCAGGAGUAGUAAUCACCAAAUUUACCUAAUUAGUGCUAUGAAACAGGACCACCCUGGAUACACGCAAGGCAAGUCUCCGAGAGGGUCUAUGUCACAUGGGGCAUCAAAAGGUACAGUACUGAGGGCCAUGACAACAAGACUGUCGUGAUCCGGGGUAUCUUAUUUGGGUAAGCAAGUUUCCCAAUAGGGAACAAUGCGGUCUAAAAACAGAACACAGGCAUUUUUAGGCGGUGGAUGCGGAAUGAAUAAAUGGCUGGAAAGAUCGGCUCGGUUUUGGCAAGUUGAGUGAAAAAAAACCUGGCCGAAAAAACCUCAAAAGUUAUGAUUUCGCAUAUAACCGGUCUUGGUCCGAAACCGGUGCAGAAAAUAUGCUCUUGGCAAUUACGUAGUUGUAGAAGCUGGGGAUGAGUUGCAAAGAGGCCAUUUGGCGUUGACGGGUGAGGGCGGAUCUCCAGGAACAGUACAUGGACAGAAGCCAGUUCUAGAUUCUGGCUUCGCAUUUUCCCGAGUUUGAGCUGUCCCUGUCUGGGUCCUGCGACUUUCCCCUGGAUUGCAAAAAGGUAAACAAUAGCGUACAGAAAGAAACGAUAGCGUAGAAAAGGCGGGUAAGAUACACUUAAUAAAACGUCUCCGCGAAAGCAGCAUCCAGAUAACCGGGUCAGAUGGAGGAGCUCACGGCUAGAUUGAGUGUGCAGCGGUUUGCUCGGCACGGUCGAGCCAGUAUCGGCAAUGUCCCGGUGUCCAAUUUUCACGCAAAUUACGUCUUCCCGGAUAUUCCGUUGCUGGAAAACAAUAGAAAUCGGUUUUGUUAACGAUAUCGACCAGUGAAAAUACAGCUAAAUAACUCGUUGGUCGGAAACUUAAUUGUGGUUUGUGUUUCUUUUUUACCCUUUUGGUACCGAUUGUUGUUUACUGAAUUUGGACAAACAAAGUCGCUCGUUGCAAGGUGCAUAAUUUGCAUCCACCUCUUAAAAAUGCAGUAUCUUUCCUUCGUUUUUCUCCAUCCAACUUUAUAUUCUUUUUUUCUUUCAGUUCAAUUGCUAGAAUAGAGACUCAUCAUGUCUGCAACUGAACCAACCAAGGAGAAAGUCCCUCUUCAGGAAGAUGAUGAAGAGGAAGAGGACAUCGACCAAUUGGUGAUGGAAUUGCAAUCCAACCACGGUGCCGACGACGGCGAUGAGGAGGACGAGGUGCAGGACCACUCUUCCUUCAAAGUCGUUCCCGAGGAGCUGCUGAGAACCGACCCAAAGGUUGGUUUGACCUCCGAGGAGGUUGCCAAAAGAAGAAAGAAGUUUGGUCCUAACCAGAUGGCCGAGGAAAAGGAGAACCUCGUGCUCAAGUUCUGUAUGUUCUUUAUCGGUCCUAUCCAGUUCGUCAUGGAGGCUGCUGCCAUUCUGGCUGCCGGUCUCGAGGACUGGGUCGAUUUCGGUGUUAUCUGUGGUUUGCUGAUGUUGAACGCCUGUGUCGGUUUCAUCCAGGAGUACCAGGCCGGUUCUAUUGUCGACGAGUUGAAGAAGACGCUGGCAAACACUGCCACCGUCAUCAGAGAUGGCCACCCGGUUGAAAUUGCUGCUUCUGAGGUUGUUCCAGGUGACAUUUUGCAGCUGGAAGACGGUGUUGUCAUUCCUGCCGACGGUAAGCUUGUUUCGGAUGAGUGUUUCUUGCAAGUUGACCAGUCCGCCCUUACCGGUGAGUCUCUGGCCGUCGACAAGAGAUCUGGAGACCCAACCUUCUCUUCUUCCACUGUCAAGAGAGGUGAGGCUUUGAUGAUUGUUACUGCCACCGGUGAUUCCACCUUCGUUGGUAGAGCUGCUGCUCUGGUCAACAAGGCCUCUGGUGGUCAAGGUCACUUCACCGAGGUGCUGAACGGUAUCGGUACCGCCUUGCUCGUCUUGGUCAUUGUCACUCUGUUGGUUGUCUGGACUUCUGCCUUCUACAGAACCGCAAAGAUCGUCAGAAUCCUCAGAUACACCCUUGCCAUCACCAUUGUUGGUGUGCCAGUCGGUCUUCCAGCCGUCGUCACCACUACCAUGGCCGUCGGUGCUGCUUACUUGGCCAAGAAGCAGGCCAUUGUCCAAAAACUGUCUGCUAUCGAGUCUCUUGCCGGUGUCGAGAUCCUGUGUUCCGACAAGACCGGUACCUUGACCAAGAACAAGCUUUCUCUGCACGAGCCUUACACCGUCGAGGGCGUUGAGCCAGAUGACUUGAUGCUUACUGCCUGUCUUGCUGCUUCCAGAAAGAAGAAGGGUCUUGAUGCCAUCGACAAGGCCUUCCUCAAAUCCCUGAUCAACUACCCAAGAGCCAGAGCCGCUUUGACCAAGUACAAGAUGCUCGAGUUCCAGCCAUUCGACCCAGUUUCCAAGAAAGUCACUGCAUACGUCGAGUCCCCAGAAGGUGAGAGAAUCAUCUGUGUCAAAGGUGCUCCAUUGUUCGUUCUGAAGACCGUCCAGGAAGACCACCCUAUCCCAGAGGACAUUCUCGAGAAGUACGAAAACAAGGUUGCCGAGUUUGCUUCCAGAGGUUUCAGAUCUCUGGGUGUUGCCAGAAAGAGAGGUGAGGGCCACUGGGAGAUUCUCGGUAUCAUGCCAUGUAUGGACCCUCCUAGAGAUGACACUGCUAAGACUGUUAACGAGGCUAAGGAGCUCGGUUUGAGAGUCAAGAUGCUUACUGGUGACGCUGUUGGUAUUGCCAAGGAGACCUGCAGACAGUUGGGUCUUGGUACCAACAUUUUCGAUGCCGACAGAUUGGGACUUUCCGGAGGAGGAGACUUGUCUGGAUCCGAGCUGUUUGACUUUGUUGAGAACGCUGACGGUUUCGCUGAGGUCUUCCCUCAACACAAGUACAAUGUCGUUGAGAUUCUGCAAAAGAGAGGUUACUUGGUUGCCAUGACUGGUGACGGUGUCAACGACGCCCCAUCUCUUAAGAAGGCCGACACUGGUAUUGCCGUCGAAGGUGCCUCGGACUCUGCCAGAUCUGCUGCCGAUAUCGUUUUCCUUGCUCCAGGUCUUUCUGCCAUCAUUGACGCCUUGAAGACUUCCAGACAGAUUUUCCACAGAAUGUACGCCUACGUUGUCUACCGUAUUGCUCUGUCUUUGCACUUGGAGAUCUUCCUUGGUCUGUGGAUUGCCAUUCUGAACGAGUCUUUGAACAUCGACUUGGUUGUCUUCAUUGCCAUCUUUGCCGACGUUGCUACUCUUGCCAUUGCUUACGAUAACGCUCCAUUCGACCAGAAGCCAGUCAAGUGGAACCUGCCAAGAUUAUGGGGUAUGUCCAUCGUCAUGGGUGUCAUCCUUGCCGUCGGUACAUGGAUCACCUUGACUACCAUGUUCCUGCCAAAGGGAGGUAUCAUUCAGAACUUCGGUUCCAUCGACGGUGUCCUGUUCUUGCAAAUCUCCCUGACUGAGAACUGGCUGAUUUUCGUUACCAGAGCCACCGGUCCAUUCUGGUCCUCCAUUCCAUCGUGGCAACUGUCUGGUGCCGUCUUGAUUGUCGAUAUCAUUGCCACCAUGUUCACCCUGUUCGGAUGGUGGUCUCAGAACUGGAACGACAUCGUCACUGUUGUCAGAGUGUGGAUCUGGUCGUUCGGUGUCUUCUGUGUCCUUGGUGGUGCCUACGUUAUCAUGUCUGAAUCUGAGAAGUUCGACAGAUUCAUGAACGGCAAGCCACUGAAGGAGAGACCUCCUCAAAGAACCCUUGAGGACUUCAUGGUUGCCAUGAACAGAGUCUCUACUCAGCACGAGAAGUCCAACUGAGCCAGCACUUGAAUGGGUUAAUAGAGGACUGCUCCCCAUUAUUGAUAUCUUGCUUCCUUCGUGCCCACGACAGCCUAAUAACUAAUAUUUUGUUCUAUUUAGGAUGUUCAGUUUUGUGAUC